UCCGGCGGGCGGCGCUCGGGCCGUGCGGAGUCCCGCCCCGCCGCCCCUCGAGCGCCCCCACUUUCGCUUCUGGCCGGAACCUGCGCCCCGAUCCAGGAAGCACCUGGCGGCGGGCGAGGGAUGGCUGGGCCCGGCUGGGGGCUUCCUCGGCUGGACGGUUUCAUCCUUACCGAGCGCCUGGGCAGUGGCACGUACGCCACGGUGUACAAGGCCUACGCCAAGAAGGACACUCGGGAGGUGGUAGCCAUAAAAUGCGUGGCCAAGAAAAGUCUCAACAAGGCAUCUGUGGAAAACCUCCUGACUGAGAUUGAGAUCCUCAAGGGCAUUCGGCACCCCCAUAUUGUGCAGCUGAAAGACUUCCAGUGGGACAAUGACAAUAUCUACCUCAUCAUGGAGUUCUGCGCAGGGGGCGACCUGUCUCGCUUCAUCCACACCCGCAGGAUCCUGCCUGAGAAGGUGGCGCGAGUUUUCCUGCAGCAGCUGGCUAGUGCCCUGAAGUUCCUGCAUGAACGAAACAUCUCUCAUCUGGAUCUGAAGCCACAGAACAUUCUGCUGAGCUCUUUGGAGAAGCCCCAUCUGAAACUGGCAGACUUUGGCUUUGCACAACACAUGUCUCCGUGGGACGAGAAACACGUGCUUCGGGGCUCCCCACUCUACAUGGCUCCCGAGAUGGUGUGCCGGCGGCAGUACGACGCCCGUGUGGACCUCUGGUCCGUGGGGGUCAUCCUGUAUGAAGCCCUCUUCGGGAAGCCCCCCUUUGCCUCCAGAUCGUUCUCAGAGCUGGAAGAAAAGAUCCGCAGCAAUCGAGUUAUUGAGCUCCCCCUUCGGCCCCAGCUCUCCCUAGACUGCCGUGACCUCCUGCAGCGCCUCCUAGAACGGGACCCCAGCCGCCGGAUCUCCUUCCAGGACUUCUUCGCCCACCCCUGGGUGGAUCUGGAGCACAUGCCCAGUGGGGAAAGCCUGGCGAGAGCAACAGCCCUUGUGGUGGAGGCUGUGAAGAAGGACCAGGAGGGGGACGCUGCUGCAGCCCUGUCCCUCUACUGCAAGGCUCUGGACUUCUUUGUACCUGCCCUGCACUACGAAGUGGAUGCCCAGCGGAAGGAGGCAAUUAAGGCCAAGGUAGGGCAGUAUGUGUCCCGGGCGGAGGAGCUCAAAGCCAUCGUCUCCUCCUCCAAUCAGGCCCUGCUAAGGCAGGACACAUCUGUCCAAGGCCUGCUGCGAGAGAUGGCCCGGGACAAGCCUCGCCUCCUUGCUGCCCUGGAAGUGGCCUCAGCUGCCAUGGCCAAGGAGGAGGAAGCUGGCAAGGAGCAGGAUGCCCUGGACCUGUACCAGCACAGCCUCGGGGAGCUGCUACUGCUGUUGGCAGCAGAAGCCCCAGGCCGAAGACGGGAGCUCCUUCACACUGAGGUUCAGAACCUCAUGGCUCGAGCUGAGUACCUGAAAGAGCAGAUCAAGAUAAGGGAAUCUCACUGGGAAGCAGAGACUCUGGACAAAGAGGGGCUGUCGGAGUCUGUUCGGAGCUCCUGCACACUACAGUGACAGCAGAAGGCCUAGUGGAUAGAACACAAGUCUAGAGAGAAGCUAUGUACCAACCCAGGUUCACACCUGUGCACCUGGGCCCUUCCUGGAUGAACCCCUCAAGAUGUUCACAUCCUAGUUCCCAGUGUUCCUCUGAAUGUUCUCCACCCCUGGAGGCUCUGGGGGCCCAUGUACUGUGCCAGGUGUACUGAACUCGGGGAGAACUACAAUACUAUGACUUUGUUAGGAGGUGACUGCUGGCCUAAGCCUGUCGGCUUCAGGACAUCAUCACACUGUGUGUAUUUUGCUCUGCAAAGAGGACACCAUGCCUCUUCAGGGCACCUCUGUUCCUUCCCUGCUACCAGGCAGCUGCUGUACCUGGGCCAACCCUUCCUGGGAGCCUUUAUUUCAACCUACUCCCUUCUUGCACUGGAAUGGGACACUCCAGUACCCCUCAGGGACUACCUACCCUACAGGAUGCACUCAGCCCUGCAGAAUUCUCUAGUCUUCUGGGAGUGCACACCUGCCAUCCUUUCCAGUACUUUAAGACAAUCCUUCAUGCAUGAAUGUCAUGUCCUUUGUAGGGGUGGGGUACAUGUGAGAAUUCCAGGACCCCCCACCCUGCGCAGGCUUUCUUUCUUUCUUUCUUUCUUUCUUUCUUUCUUUCUUUCUUUCUUUCUUUCUUUCUUUCUUUCUUUCUUUUUCUUUCUUUUUUCUUUUUUUUGUUUUUCGAGACAGGUUUCUCUGUGUAGUUUUACACCUUUCCUGGAACUCACUUUGUAGACCAGGCUGGCCUCGAACUCACAGAGAUCGGCCUGGCAGGCGUUAUUUCUAAAGUCAGAGAAUGUUGGUGAUUUCUAAUCAUUCUGCCUCCUUAGGACAAAGUGGAGCCUUGCCGGAGGCUGGGUGUAUAUAAAGAAUGCAGUUCACUGUUCUUUAUUAAAUUAUUUUCCAUA